AUGUCAGAUCCUGCACCAGAAGUGUCUAUGACGCGGGAAUCAGGCGCUCCCUUCAAUGCGCCGGACGCCGAUAUCGUGUUGCGCACGAUAGACGGCGUGGACUUUCGGACGUAUAAGAGCUAUCUGACGCGGACAUUGCACGGGCUCGAUGACCUCCUGAAUGCGGGGCACAUGAACGGGAUAGGCGGCGUCGAAGAACAACAGAAUGGUGUACUCGUCAUCCCGCUCCCAGAAACGUCGGCCGUUCUGGAACUCUUCCUCCGCUCACUCUACCCCGCCGAAUUCGGCUGUCCAGCAUUAAGCAACCAUCUCAGCCUCAUGACCGGAGUAUGCAAGGCUCUCAACAAAUACUGCGUGAAGAACUUCCCGCUCGCCGUAUCCGACGCUCUGAUGCUCGCCGCCGAAAAGGAGCCCGAGUACGUCUACGCCAUCUCCUGUCGCUAUGCCGCACUCUCGGAAGCUAUGAAAGUCGCUGCGAAGAAUACACUCAGGAAGACGAGACGGCUAGACAAUCUGCCUGACAAUGUCAUCGCUGAGAUCAGCUCGUUGCAGUACCAUGCGCUUGGGAAGUACCAGAUCGCUUGCCGCGCGGCAGCUUCAGGCGCAUGCGAGGUUGCCGCGAUGGGGAGUAUGCCGUCGGAGACACCUGGAGCGCGGAGCAGGAACCCAGGUUGUGCUGAAGAGUUCCAUAGGGAAUGUAAAUGCGAUGUUUACUGGCAUAGCGUGGAAAUGGAUGAGCUGUAUGGCCCGCCCGAUGACCCUGACUUUGAGCAUCACGAGUGCAGGAUCCCGGAGUGGUUGGGGAAAUACAUGGGGUCUGUGCGGGACCAUGUCCUCAUCAGCGAUAGGAUAAGCGGGGAGCUAGCAUUGGAGGGAAGGCACCUCUCCCCCGCGAUCGUUGCGUCAAAGGAAUGUCCGUCUUGUGGGUCGGAAGCCGGUAUGGAUGAAUUCAUCAGGUAUGCCCAUAGGCUGGCAAAAUGGAUCCAGGGGGCGAUCGAUUGUAUUGUCUUCCAGACCAGUGGUCUCGCUGCAUGA